AUGGCCCCGGUUAACCGCACCCAGGUGAAGGAGUUCAUUCUCCUGGGCCUCACAGGUCGCCAGGACUUGAAGGUGCCUCUCCUUGCGGUUUUCUUAUCCAUCUACCUCUUCACAGUAGGAGGCAACCUGGGUCUGAUCCUGGUCAUUAGAGCGGAUGCGAGACUCAACACACCAAUGUACUUCUUUCUGAGCAACCUGGCUUUUGUCGAUUUCUGUUAUGCUUCUGUCAUUACACCCAAAAUGCUUGGGAAUUUCUUGUACAAGCAGAAUGUUAUCUCCUUCAAUGCCUGUGCCGCUCAGUUAGGCUGUUUCCUCACUUUCAUGGUAUCUGAGUGCUUGCUGCUCGCUUCCAUGGCCUAUGACCGAUACGUGGCCAUUUGUAACCCUCUCCUCUAUAGGGUCAUAAUGUCCCCAGGGAUCUGCAUUCAGCUGGUGGCUGUCCCUUAUUGCUAUAGCUUCCUGAUGGCACUGUUUCACACCAUCCUCACCUUUCGCCUCUCCUAUUGCCACUCUAAUGUCAUCAAUCAUUUCUACUGCGACGACAUGCCUCUCCUCAGGCUGACUUGCUCAGACACUCACUCCAAACAGCUGUGGAUCUUUGCCUGCGCUGGUGUCACGUUCAUUUCCUCUGUUCUGAUUGUCUUUGUCUCCUACGUGCACAUUAUUUCUGCCAUCCUGAGGAUGCGCUCAGCCGAGGGCAGGCGCAAGGCCUUCUCCACCUGUGGCUCCCACAUGCUGGCAGUCACCAUAUUCUACGGGACCCUGAUCUUUAUGUACUUACAGCCAAGCUCUAACCAUUCCCUUGACACAGACAAGACGGCCUCUGUCUUCUACACAGUGAUCAUUCCCAUGCUGAACCCCUUGAUCUACAGCCUCAGGAACAAGCAGGUGAAAGACGCCCUGAAGAAACUUGUCAUUAGAAACCAAGCUUUUCUGUUGAAAUUAAGAAAGUGA